AUAUACACCACUUAUAGUCCCCUUCAAUGUUAACUCUAUGGCCAAAUGUGAGACCCCUUUACACAACGUUUGCUAUUAUAGUCCCAAUUGUUGUCAAAUAAGGCAAACCUUACUCUCAUUUUGUGUUGAAUUUAAUUCAAUUAAAUCUAAACCCGAUUUACAGACCGUUUGACUCCUAAACAGAUAAUUGAAUGUUUUGUUGAGCGCCAAGUGUUGGAUCAGGUAUCUCGUGGGUGUGUCAUCUGGUAUUAGUGAUGUCUGUGCCGUCCUCAGGAGUGAUGCACGUGGAUGAGUUCAUAUUCAACUGCUGUGUCUCGUCGAUGAUCGCCGACGAGGGGACGGACACGUCUGGGGCCGAGUGGUCGUCGUCCUCGUCAGCGGCGGCGGCGAUGAAUGUGUUCUCCAUCGACGAGAAUAAGAUCCGCGACGGGAAUGGCAUCAUAUUUGCCGAAGCGAUCACUUGCUAUAAGUGUACGUUUUGUGGCAAAAUGUUCGCCGCUAUGGAAGUGGUUCUCACACACUAUCAGUCAAACCAUAGAUGUUCUGUCAUUCCCCUCCUUAAAGGUUUAUCAAAACUAUCGACACCUAAACUCAAAGCACCGAAAUAUAACUUCUCAAAUAGGAGUCAAUCGCCGCAAAUCAGUGCUUCAAAAGUUAUUAAAACUAAAAAAAUGUCUAAAACUCCGGAACCAUUGAAAGCGAAAGUCAACGCAAAGAGUGAUCUGGAAAACAGCGGAUCCAAUAAAUUGACAGAAAGUGCAGCAAAAAAUUUAAGACAUUUGAGGGAAAGCACUAAAAAUGUCACUUUAGGUGAUAUAAUAACCAAAAAGGGUUAUAAUAAACGUUCAUUUAAAUGCCAUUUCCGAGGCUGUUCUCUUGGAUUCAUAAAGAAAGCCUAUUUAGAGAGUCAUCUGAAGUCGCAUAAGAAGAUGAAGUCCUAUAAGUGUGAAUGGAGUGACUGUCAGUUCAAAUGCUCGGAUUUGGCCGGUUUUGAGUUCCACAAGAAGAGCCAUUCGGGUGACAAUCCAUACAAGUGCUGUUGGCCCGGAUGUGACCACUCGUUCGCCGAUUCCACCGCCAAAGAUGAACACAUGCAGAGCCAACACAUUGGCGACCGGAUUCUUGAGUGCGAUUACGCCGGAUGUGGCGCUAAAUUCAAAUUAGCCGUCGAUAGAGACCGACAUAAACAAAUUCAUUCGGGAAAGAAGAUCUCAGCGCCGCCUAAACUCGUCAACGGUGUUGCGGUGAGAGGUCGCGGCCGUCCGCCCAUUAAAAGGAAGACAUACAUUGAAAUCAGUUCUUCCAGUGAGUCAUCGGAAGAAGAAAGUGAAGACGAAGAGGAAGAAGAAGGCGAUGAAGCAGUGGUGGACACCAAUAAAAAGGACAAAAGUGUUAAUCAAGAUAUUGAUAGCGAUAUGAAAUGCGAACCAUUAGAUCUCUCGAAGACGGGCUCUAAACUAAUUAAUGAGACAAACAAAUCGUUGGAAACAAAGAGCAAAACGCCAUCAAAAAGGGGUCGAAAACGUAAAGAGGAAUCGAUCUCUGAGAAGAAGGUAUCGGUGCAUGUCUUCAGAUGUGAUUAUCCCGGAUGUCGGAAGACAUUCACGGUAUCCGAUCUCCUAAAGGAUCACGAGAGGGACGCCCACAACACCCCUGCCAUCGAUGGCCGCUCACGAUAUGGACGCCGUUGUAAAGGAAAUCUUUAUUAUAAACUCUAA